AUGUGCGCUACCGGGGUCACCAAUGUGGAGAACAGCUCCUCUGAUGUCAUCACUCGCCGAGACCAAGUCUACAUCGACUUCUCCUGUGUCGACAUUCAGCCAGCUAUCGAAACUGCCAACUUCAGAAUCAGAGACAGUUCUGUGAUCCAGCAUGCUACACCCAGCGUUUGUAAUUACACUUUGACCAUGAAGGCCUACACUGAUGUAGGUCGCACACAAACUGUGGAGUCUUUUGCUGAAGUUCCUCUGAACCAGAGAAUCUGGGUGGAGCUGAAGGCUGAUGGGUUGGAUGAAGAAAUGGUUGCCAUGGUAACAGACUCUUGCUGGGCCACCGACCUGGCGUUGUCCUCUGGGAGCCUCAGAUAUGACCUGAUUAUCGAUGGUUGUGCUAACCCCGCUGACCAGACUGUGGAGGUGAAGGAAAACAGGUGGGGAACCUCCAACUAUUUCUCCUUCAAUAUGUUUCAGUUCACUGGGAGCUCAGGUGAAAUCUACCUGCACUGCAAAAUCCACCUGUGCCCCAAAAGGAGAAACAAAUGCAUCCCGACUUGUAAAGGAGCUGCUCGCAGAUGCAGACCAGCAAGCUCCAAAUACAAACGAGCAGCACCAGCCUUCAUCAGCUUGGCCUGGACUAAUUAGAUAAUGAGCCACUCAAUGAGUCAAACGUCCUGGAUGGUCCUCUGCAGCCUGACAGUCCAGGAUCAGGGUGAAGAUUGACCUCCAAAGACAUUUCAACAGACGAGAGAAAGAAGUACGAGGUGAUUGACUGGAAAGAAGCCAAAGGGAUGUAAAAGAGCAGGAGGGUCACAGUGUGGUCUGGUUUUCUUCUUAAGUGGUUUCCAAGGUGACACUGGCUGACGGAUAAGGCUGCCAAUCCCUGACUUCGGUCUCGUCCUGACCCAGAGCCUGGAUGUUUAUAAGGAUGAACUCAUAACUGGCUACUCUGAGGCUGGGAUUACUGCCACAGCUGGAUUAAGCAGCUGUUAUACUGGAAGUAUUGUGAGGAAAGAUGACGAUUCUGCAGCCCAUAUUUUUAUUUAACAGUAACAUCCAUCAUGUGGAUGUGUGAUUUAUGCCAGACGCCCUUUCUGAUGCAUCCAAGAAGGAAAACAAGUGUGUGGCAACAUGAAUAUUUCUAUGAAACAUCUGGACUUCACAGACAUGUCAUCACUACAUCUCCCAGUAUGACUGGG